AUGAAGGAAACAAUAUGGCCAUCAAUUUUUCAUGUGUUAUUGUCACUUAUUCUUUGCAUUCUGUUGCAAAAACCUACCCAAGCAAUCAAACAGUCCUAUGUUGUAUACUUAGGAUCACAUUCUUUUGGUCCAAACCCUACAUCAGUUGACUUUGAAUCUGUCACGAACUCUCACUAUGAUUUACUUGGAUCUUGCAUUGGAAGCUCCGAGAAGGCCAAAGAAUCAAUAUUUUACUCUUAUCGUAGAUAUAUUAAUGGCUUUGCUGCAGUACUUGACGAAGAUGAAGCAGCGGAGAUUGCGAAACAUCCGAAUGUAGUAUCCGUUUUCUUAAACCAAGAACGGAAAUUGCACACAACACAUUCAUGGGAAUUCCUUGGGUUAGCAGAGAGAAAUGGUGUAUUUUCACAGGACUCAGUGUGGCAGAAGACAAAGGGUGAAGAUAUCAUUAUUGGAAAUCUAGACACCGGUGUUUGGCCUGAAUCCAAGAGUUUUAGCGAUGAAGGGAUGGGACCAGUCCCAAAAAAGUGGCGCGGAAUCUGUCAAACUGAUAAUAAUAAUCAAGAUAAAUUUCACUGCAACAGGAAGCUUAUUGGAGCAAGAUAUUUUUACAAAGGUUUUGAGGCAAGUGGUAAAAUACUAAAUGCCUCGUUGCUUAGUGCACGUGACUAUGAAGGUCACGGUUCUCAUACUUUAUCAACAGCUGGUGGUAAUUUUGUUCCCGGAGUUGGUGUAUUUGGCUUUGGCAAUGGAACACUGAGUGGUGGAUCACCAAAAGCUAGAGUUGCAGCAUAUAAGGUGUGCUGGCCACAAGACGUGGCCGGUGGUGGAUGUUUUGAUGCAGACAUUUUGGCUGCUUUUGAUGCUGCCAUAAGUGAUGGCGUUGAUGUGCUCUCAGUGUCUUUGGGUUCUACUGCUCCCAUAGAAUAUUUUGAAAGUGCUACAUCCAUAGGGUCCUUCCAUGCUGCUGCUAACGGCAUAAUAGUAGUUAGUUCCGCAGGAAAUUCUGGACCUGCUCCUUUUACUUUAUCCAACAUGGAACCCUGGAUGCUUACAAUUGCUGCUAGUACUAUUGAUAGAGACUUUGCCAGUUAUGUUACACUUGGUGACAAGAAAAUGUUCAAGGGAGCUAGCCUUUCUGAGCAUGUCUUACCAUCUGGCAAGUUGUACCCUUUGAUUAGUUCUAUUGAUGCCAAAGCUGAGCUUGCACCUGCUAUAGAUGCCCAAUUUUGCCUGAAUGAAACUCUUGAUCCUAAGAAGGUGAAGGGAAAAAUAGUGGUCUGUCUUCGUGGUCAAGAUAGUAGAGCUGGCAAGAGUACGCAAGCUGCUCUUGCAGGUGCUGUUGGAAUGAUAUUGGCUAAUGACAAGGACUCGGGGGAUAGCACCAUAGCUGACCCUCAUGUGCUUCCUGCAUCACAUGUUAGCUUUGCAGAUGGCAAUUACAUUUAUAGUUACAUCAACCGCACCAAGUCACCUGUGGCUUACAUUUCUGGAGUGAAAACAGAAUUGGGUACAAAGCCAGCUCCAGUUGUGGCUUCAUUUUCAUCAAGGGGCCCCAAUGGCCUUGAGGGAGCGAUCCUUAAGCCUGAUGUCACUGCACCAGGAGUGAGCAUCAUUGCUGCUUUUAGUGAAGCCACAUCUCCAACAGAACUAGCAUUUGACAAACGCAGAACACCUUUCAUUACUAUGUCAGGCACUUCAAUGUCAUGCCCUCAUGUUUCUGGCCUUGCUGGGUUGCUCAAGGCACUUCAUCCUGAUUGGAGUCCAGCUGCUAUUAAGUCAGCAAUCAUGACCACAGCAACUACAACAGAUAACUCUGAAAGGCCUAUCCAUGAUUCAUCAAAAGCGGAGGCAACUCCAUUUGCCUAUGGAACAGGGCACAUUCAACCUAAUAAGGCAGCGAACCCUGGCCUUGUAUACGACCUAAAUAUUACUGAUUAUUUGAACUUUUUGUGUGGUCGUGGCUACAAAAGUUCCCAGCUAAGGUUGUUCUACGGGCAGCCUUACACAUGUCCAGAGUCGUUCAAUGUACUAGAUUUCAACUAUCCAGCAAUCACCAUCCCUAAUUUUGACCGUGGACAUCCUCUUAAUGUCACUCGAACGGUUACUAAUGUUGGGUCCCCAAGCAAUUAUAAAGUGAACAUCAAGCAACCUCCACAAUUUGUAGUUUCUGUUGAGCCUAACGAACUGAGCUUUAAGGAAAAGGGUGAAAAAAGGGAGUUCAUUGUUACGCUUGUCUUAAAGCCUCAUAGUAAGUAUAUCACUGAUUACGAAAUUGGGUGGUUGGAGUGGACCAAUGGCGAGAACUAUGUCAGGAGUCCUAUUGUAAUUAGAUUCCAGUAA